AUGGCUUUUGAAAACGUCUUUGCUGUGUGCUGCAUCGUGCUGUGCUUCUGGUCGCCGACUUUCUCAAAGCCAAUGAGGUGCAGAAUGAACGGACACCUGACUCAAAUAAACAAACAACUGCUGAUAGAGCUGGGAGGCAAUUUUCCUGUGCAAUGCAAAAAAGAGAACGUAGCGAUUGCUGUGCCGCUGGAUGCCUAUGAGAUUACAGAGGACUCCCAGAUUGAAGACAUCAAGAUGACGAUUUAUGAGGUAUUAAAUGACGUCAACAAGAUUUUCCUGAGUGGGCCGAAGCCUGCAAGCUGGAAUAAGACUAAUCUGGAUAACUUUCAUAACAUCCUUCAUCGCCAGAUUCACGGAGUAAAACAGUGUGUGCAGGUCAGAGCUGGAGCGCCACAAGGCAGUCACCUGGUGCUAAAGGCGUAUUUUAAGAAACUGCAAAAUGUUUUACAAGACAAGGACUACAGUUUCUGUGCUUGGGAAAUUGUAAGAAAAGAAGCAGUAAACACUUUAACCCAAGUUCAGCUGCUCAUGGACAAGGCUGAGAUCGAGUAAAAUGACUGGAAAAUGUUACUGUCAUUAUUGUGUAUUGUUAAAAUGUUCAAUUAUUUCAAUUCAACUGCUGUUACAGCAUUU